UAUUCAAUGCAAUCCACAUUUUAAGCUGUAAAUUGUUUAGUUUUUUACCUGUCACGUCACAUAAUUGAGAACCAAUGGAAAUGGUUCCUUUUUUCACUUCUGGUGGUCGCUAGCCCACAUUUCCACACCAUUUGAGAAAAUGUUCCAGUCAAUUAUACAAGCUGCAAGGAGCGGCAACUUUUCGAGCCCAUUUGAGGCAAGCUGCGAAGGGUUAAAACUCAAUGAAGAAAGAACGAUUGCAGCUGCAGAUGCUGAAGGCGACAGCUGUGCAUAUGGAUCCAUGAAGUAUUUCGCCUUGUGUGGUUUUGGAGGCAUCUUGAGUUGUGGGAUCACGCACACGGCUAUCGUGCCUCUGGAUCUGGUGAAAUGCCGAAUUCAAGUUAAUUCUGAAAAGUAUGGCAACAUCAUUAAAGGAUUUCGCGUCACAAUACACGAUGAGGGCGUACGAGCAUUAGGAAAAGGAUGGGCACCCACAGCAUUUGGUUAUUCAGCUCAAGGACUUUGCAAGUUCGGUUUUUAUGAAGUUUUCAAAGUAUUCUAUUCUGGACUUAUGGGAGAGGAAAACACCUACCUAUGGAGGACCUCUCUGUAUUUGGUUGCCAGUGCCUCGGCCGAGUUCUUUGCCGACAUAGCCCUGUGUCCCAUGGAGGCGGUCAAGGUCCGUAUUCAGACACAGCCAGGCUGGAGUACUACACUGAGAGAAGGUCUUCCUAGGAUAAUGAACGAAGAAGGAUUCAUGGGAUUAUACAAAGGACUGGUACCACUUUGGGCUCGACAGAUCCCAUACACUAUGAUGAAGUUUGCCUGUUUUGAAAGGACAGUUGAAGCUCUGUAUAAAUUUGUUGUUCCAAAGCCAAGAUCAGAAUGUUCUAAAGGAGAACAGCUGAUUGUUACAUUCGCUGCUGGCUACAUUGCUGGUGUGUUCUGUGCCAUCGUCUCUCACCCAGCCGACACCAUUGUGUCCAAGUUGAAUCAGGACAAAGGAAGCAACUUCACGACUGUUGCCAAAAAUCUAGGACUUCUUGGAAUGUGGAAGGGUCUCUUCCCGAGAAUCAUCAUGAUCGGCACGCUGACAGCGCUGCAGUGGUUCAUCUACGACUCUGUCAAAGUCUACUUCCGUCUGCCACGCCCACCCCCACCAGAGAUGCCCGAGUCUCUGAGGAUCAAGAUGGGUCUUGAAGCAGCAAAACAAUGAUCAUUAGGCACACUAGGAAAUUAAUGGACAUUAUUGAAAACAAAGAAGACUUUUUGAGUGUUAUCGAUUUAUAGGAAUAUUUUAUGACAGUGGUCAGCGAAUGUUUAUAGUCUGGGGUAAAUUUAUAGCCUGUGUACAUUUUGACUGGAAGAUGGUGGGUUUGUAGUGCAUAUCUUCCGGGUGGCGACUUCCGUGUACAUACAUACGACAUACGACUUGAAACACGUUUUGAGAGGCAGCACCUGGUGUGCUGUUAAUUAUAAAUAUUUGACGUGUGUUUGUGUCCAAGUUUGGGAAUUUUUAUUUCUUGUGAAGUAGUAAAUAAAUUGCAUUAAUCCGGUGUGAUAUUUUGUGUAUUUAAAUUUCAUUUAGAACAAGUACAUACUAAAAUGAAAACAUGAUAUAUAUUUGACAUUCAAAAUCUAAUCUGUCAGGAUUGCUCCCAUAAAAGUACUUUAAAGUGCUGAGCAAAGAUCAACUUUGAGGGAGCUCUUGUGGGAUGAGAGGGAGUAGCUGUUGAGAGAAGAGUGCAGUUAUUUAGCCAAACAUAUUUUGUGUAACAAAUAAUUUACCCCUUAGAAUUGCCAGUACUUACUGAACCGAAUGUCUGAAUUUGACACAAACGUUUAUCCCACGGGGAUCACAUUUUUUUCAUACUAUGUAAUUUACUACAAGUUAUUUAUUUUCCGAGCUGAUUGAUUUGUAAAUUGCACGCACAAAUUGUAUUUCUUUAUUUCAAAAAUACUUUUACUUUUCUUCUUAUGUCAAACCAAACUGAAAUUAUUUACAAAAAAUGUAAUAGAAUGAUGGGACGGACUAUAGACGAGUAGAAAUGGUGUGCUAAACCAAAGUUUUCAGCUGACUGACAUUUUUAUAAACUAUUCUUCUCCACUUUUCUGAUGUCUCGGAUGUUUUAAUGAAAUUGUCUUGAUUAUACAAAGAGUAAUAUAUUUGAAUGAAGUAUCCACAUUAAAGUGUCCAAAUUGUAUUUUUGUGCAUUUGUAAUAAUCAGAAUUGUUUUUCAGUAAUUUCAGUAACGGUUGUCAAGUUAGAACAUUCGGUGUAUGAGGGUUUUCCACUGGCUCUGGUAUUGUCUAUCUAAUUGGAGUUGGGAAGGUGUGGCCUUGGAUAGUUGGGUGAAAUGGACUUUGACGGAGAAUAAAUUUGCUGUUUCAGUCAGUUUUUUUGCUUUUUGCUGGUCUGUUCUAACAUAGCGUUGCCAAACUAAUUUGUAGUUUUUGGCAGAUUACAAAGUAAAAAUAGUAUGCCUGCUUGUUUAGGACAGCGAUUGCGUGCUAAACUGGUUUUUGCACCUAAUGUUAAAUGAUUGUGAUAUGAAAGAACACAAUAGUACCACUCAAAUUAUUGUCACGUAUCGGCUCUUCUGAACACAACACCCAAUUGCUGAUGCAUCUUUUGUAUUGGGAUGUUGUUAAACAUUCACUCAGAUGUACCUUUAUAUGGUAAUGGUCCAUGAACAUAUGGAUAUUGGAAUUGAAACUAUCAUGAAGAUCCACUGGCAAAACUUGGAUGGCACCAGACUUGAUGAAAACCAGAACUACUGUUUAAGUUCUGUCUAUACAUUUGUUGUUGGAUGUCUUGAUUUCUAAAUUAUGUACUCCCAGAAGAAAGUUCCUGAACAUGUAUUGCACAAGAUGCCGGGUACUGGUUAAAAGCAAGGCCCAAUGAUGUCAAUAAAGUGUAACUACUACUACUAGUGUUAUGACAUCACCACAUGGAAAAACUGCUUAUCGAUAGAUAUGCAAUGAAUCGUGUGUAUGAAAAAGAUGCUCUGUAUAGGAAUUAGCAGCAAGGGAUCAUUUGUAUGCCCAGGAUAUUACAUAUCGAGGCCUUUGUUACACUAGUUGUGGAUCACUGGCUGAAAUGAGAAAUAGCCUAAUAGGCCCCACCGAUGGGGAUUGAUCCUAAAUCUGUCGCGCAUCAGACGAGCGCUGUACCACUGAUCUAGGUCCCAUACCCAUACAGUGUAUAUGCAUAGUAUCGAUAAACUUUCUCGAAAUCAUGUUGGUGAAAAGCGGGCCUUGGAAGAAUAAAUCAAAUCAUAUUCAAGAAAGUAUGUAUUGGACAUUCGUAAAACUCGUAAGAUGAUUUGCACAAUCAUCAAAUUUCAACCAUUUCAUUUGGUGUACAGGAACUUCUUUCUCGAAGUAUAUAAAGUGUGAUUCCUAGUUACGUUUAAAUAUGUUGUACACAAGAUGUUAUCAAAAUUCUAUUUAUUUUGAGUAUUUAAGAGUUGAAGUAAAAUAGUCAGAAAAGAGAAUACUUUUCUGUUGCACUUUGAUCCUUUUGUUGCAUAUUGAAUAAAGUGGAUGUAGCUCAUCCAAAACUAUA